GAAAUUCACUCUCAUUUUCUUCUCAUCCCUCUCUUGGAUCGAGAUAUAAGCUAUCAGAAACCCUAAAAUUUCGAGGGUUUGGUUUUUAUUUUGUCCUGAAAUUGUCUUCUUUCUAUAACACGGCUCCUCAAGAAAAUAGUCUGCGUCAAAAUUGUUGAUAGAUCUUUGCGGUUUUGAGAAUUUGGGAGCUGUUGGAAUAGAAAAGGGAGAAGAUCAUCUUAUAUUUUUUCAUCUCAAAUUUCAGUCAACAACCACAACAACAACAGUACUGUUCUAAUCAGGGUUAACAAUGUGUAGGUAUACACCGCCUCUCUGGGAUUUCGAAUCUUUUUGCUGCCUUUAUAAGAUGGAGGAGAGGGAUAUGUGAAAAAGGUUGUGUGAGGAGUAAUUCGCCUUUUUGUCUAAAUCUAGCAUUAUUUUUUACCCUAGUUGAGGAUCUAUGGCGCCGAAUGUCAACAUUGAGAAGAACGGAGGAUGUGGGCACUUCUCUAUGCGUGGGUAUUGUCUUGAGCGACGCAAGAAAGAUUUGAAUGCGUGUUUGCCAUUUUCUCGAAUGCUACUUCCUCCUAUGCGUGCUCCUGAUUUCAAAUAUUGGCGCUGCCAAAAUUGUACUGGUAUUGAAGUUGGUAAGGUUCCUGAUUCUCAUGUUGAUGCCAUCUUCCCGAGCAGUGCUGAGGUAGCUAAGUUAUCUUCUGGUUUGCGAAUCGCAUCCAAAGACAGCAAUUUUGGAGGAAGAAAGGAGAAUAAUGGUCACACUCCUUUAGAUUUGAAUGUUGACCCAUCGUUAUCUAGUUGCAGGAAAGAAACGGAGGCCGUAGCAGUUAACCCUGUUGGAGAUGAUAGCCGGACAUGUAAUCAGUGUGGUGUUAAUGCAGGAGACAUUGUGAACCAGUUGACUGAGUUUUCCCAGGUUGUGCCAGACAUUAACGUUAGUCUGACAGUAGACAUAAGUGGAAGUGAACCAGGUCCGCUAGAAAAGCAUGGAGUUCAUUCAACUGUUUAUGGAGCUGCUAUCGGCUUCCCAUUUGCAAAUCCUGACAUUGAUGGUUCAAAAGAAAUUUCUGAUGUUGGUCUUGAUGCUCGGUCCUCAAAGCCAGAAGGAAAACAAAACUCUGAAAUCUGCAGCAGUAAUCCUUGUACUAAGUCUGACAAACAACUUGGCAAGGUAUUGACAGAUUCGGAAGUGAUUGGGGUUUCUGAUGUGGGUAGCCAUAAGAAUGAGGCUCUCAACCCAAUCGAAGAUCAAACUGAUAGACUUUAUCCAAAGGAAAUAGACGAGGGUGAGUCUGAUCUCUUUGGAGGAAAUGAUGUGAACAUAAUCAGAAAUGCUCCUCGUGCCAAAGAUCUUCCCAGUAAUAAUAUUGAAGUUUCAGGUGGAACUUGUCAGAAAAAGAAAGCACAAAAAGUGCGUUUAAUGAGUGACAUUCUUAGCAGUGGAGACGCUGUCACAUCCUGCAAAGAUAGUGUUUCUGACAGAGAAACCAUCCCUGAUAACAUAGUGACGGAAGCUUCUCAUGCUAAAGGGAUAGAUUUAAAUCUGGAUCUGAAUAAUCAGGGGUGUGUCGAAGGAAAUGACAAAUCAGUUGUUCCAAGCAAUAAAAGGAAAAGGACUAAGUUUUCUCAAGAAGAGGACCAGCUGCCUACUAUGAUGAAUUUUGCAGAACAUGCACGUGAAGCAGAUGCUAAAAAUGCUUCCGCUGUAGAUGUUAAUUCUAUAAAUUCCAGAAGUCGUUUGACGAAACACAUAAAUGAUGGAAAGCUUACUUUGUGUCAGAAGAAACAGAAGAGGUCCAGGAUUGAAAUUGGCCAACCUUCUUCAGUGAGGCAAGAGGAGGCGCAUGUUGAAGCUGGAGCUGAAACUGCCCCUUCAAAGCCAAAAAGAAAUGCACUCUCUAGAACAGGACUAGAUAUUGAUAUGAACAAGGAUUUCUCUCAGCUUCAAGAUGCCAACUCUUUCUUGAUGUAUGGCCCAGAAGGCAUCUCAGGGAGAGACCAGCUUUUAGGGAGAGAUACAGAGAAUUGCCGUAGCCCUCCUGCAAAGUCUCCUUAUCCAGGCUUCACUGCAGGAUUCAUACAACAACGUCUAGAUCACAAUUUGGCUACUAAUAAGAAAGCUAUCUCAAGUAAGAAGCAGAAUGGUUUGCCCCAGGCUAAAGGUGGAGGCGACAUGCGUGAAGCUGCUAUUUCUUUCAAAUUCCAACCCAGGGAACCGUCUGGUAUAUACAGCAAUAAGAGCAGUACUGUUAGUCAUGGACCACAGAACAUCUCCAUGACACAGAAUGAUGACAGUAUCCACAAUGCAUCCCAACAAGCAGCUUUUGAUGAUAUCCCUAUGGAAAUCGUCGAACUAAUGGCUAGGAAUCAGCAUGAAAGGCGUCUUAGUGGCGAAGGGAGUACUCAGAACAUCACAUACUCGUCAAGAACAGAAAACAUAAAAGAUUCUAGUGCUAACAGGACGGAUAUUACAGAUAUUAUUGGCAGUGAAAUGUCAAGAAUGUUGUAUGAGAAGAACUCUGGAUUAAGGAAGAAUAGUUCGAGCAAUGAAGGGAAUAGCAUAUCUUCAAAAGGUAGUGCUGCGAUACCAAACAAGAAAAAAUCCGAUGGUUUCCUAUUUCCUGCAGUCAGCAAGAACAGAAACAUCAAUUUCAGUGUGAGCCAACCAACACAGUGCGCUCAUGGGUCAUUGGGAUUUCCACCAUUUUCACAGAAUCCUGAUCAACCACCAAGAGGUUUUCCAUUUUCUGCUAGAGGUUCUUCCAGCAAAAACUAUGAUCAAAAUCUCAGCUGGAAGGAAGACAUGCUACCCAAUAAUCGAUUCUCUAUCCCUUUACACCCAUCCUUGGAGGCACAUCAGAUGCCUGAGAAAGUUUCAGGCAACAGUUCGAGUAGAAAAGACCGUCAUCCUUGGUCUCCAAUGGUUCCAAACAGUGCCCCUUUUAGAGUCAAUGGCCCCGAGAUGUGUGUUGCUGAACCUAGCAAGUCGAAAAGGCCUUCUCAAUGCUCUGAACCAUCACACAGAGGAAUCUUCUAUAGGGAUCAUGAUUUGCCAUUUGUUGAUCCAAGUAAUAUUCACCUUCAGAAGCAGGAAAGGAAUUAUUGUAACAAGACCAAGGGAACAAAUAGUGAUCUUCAGUUUUUGGGUGCAGGAAGGGGUGACGGCAGUCAUCUAAAGAAAAUGGGGCCACUGGAUAUGUAUAGCAGUGAUCAGACUAUACCAGCGAUGCACUUGCUCAAACUCAUGGAUGCAGGUCAGAAUUUUAGUAAACAGUCGCCCUAUCCCGCCGGUGUUCAUCAAAAAGAUUUGUCUAGUUUUGAGAAAGAACGAUCCAAGACCUUGAUGCCCCCACCCUCUUCUAGACUGUUAAAUUCUGUUGAACAAUUCCCCCCAGUUCUGAAUUUCGGUGCAGUUGCUUCAUCACAGAAGAAUGCAGACUCUAGGAUGAUCACAGGGUCUAAGAAAAAUAAUUAUUGGGAAACAAUGUUGUCUUCUUCAUCCUUCGGAGCUCAUGAAGACGAGCUAGCAAAAAGAAAGAAUUCACCUACACAGCCUACAGGUUCGAAAUAUAAGAGUCCAGUUUCUCUGCAAAACUCAGGGAAAGAUCUCUCAUUGGCUUCCGGUUCUGUGCCAUUCAUGGGACAAGCUAAAGAAGUAGGACAAACAAAAUUAACAAAUCCAGUUGCCCAACCAAGGGUCCAAGGAUCAAGCAGUUCAGGUAAACACCAUACAUAUGUUACUCCUACCUUCUAUUUCGUGAAAAAACCAGCAUCUGUUUCCAAUUCUAUGCCGUUCAAGGGACAGCCACAAGAAAUAGUAAAUCCCGUUAUCAAUGUGGAAUCGGAGGUCUACAGCACAAGAGAGAGAAAUCUUCCUGUAACUGGCUAUCCUGGCCCGAGUUCAAUCAAUAGAAGCGAGAGAAACUUGCCUGUAAAGGAGAAGUUGGGCGAUUGCUCUACCAACAGAAACCCGGCUGAUUUUUUUGCUCCAGGACCAGAAAACAUGUACAUGUUAUCAGGCGAAGACUUUAGACGUAGAAGCCCUUCAUCGGAACCUAGAAGCCGUCCGUCCUCCAAGCCAGAAACAAGUAAUCAAAGUCCGAUCAAGCGUCAGAAGACGACUAAUCCAGGAUAUCCGAAUCCUUGAAUUCCAAGGAAGUGUUUCGGAGCAUCCCAAAACUUUACUGGAGUGCCUAAAUACAGAAACUGCUUGAUUUUAGUCAAAGGAAUGGGGUGUUAGCUACUUGAAGACAAAGGUGCUUACAACCACCAUACUGAAAUGCAAUAGUUGAUGCUCGCGUUUUGAGAAGUACAACCUAUAGAGGUAUUUAUCCUAUAAACAUUUACAUAUCUCAACUUUGUAAAUAAGAAUACCCUAUAUUUUUGCUCAUGAUAAGUGUGAAAAUAAGACUUGAGUUUUGUCAGCUCGGGUUUCUUUUUCUAGUAAUAAGCAUUAAAACAGAAAUGUAAACUGGAAAUGGUUUAUCAGGUUAUACUUUUUGGUUAUACUUGAUAUUUUGUA